UGUUUAAUGUGUUUAUUUAGUAAUGAUAAUCAAUGUACUUAUUGUUAGUUAUAUUGAUAUAUAAAAACAAAAUGUUUGGCCAAAUUGUGCAGCUCUACAAACAAGCGCUGUAAUAUUUUUUGGGCAUUUUUGACAAAUAAAGAAAAUGUUUGUCUGAAAAGCUGUUUCUGAGUGUAUGUAUCCUGUUCUAUGUGCACUGCCUCUUUCUCCGGUCAGCAUUUUAACAGAGAGCCACAGCUUCUCAGGAUGUGGUGAUGGAAUUAAUAUAAAUAUCUCUUUUACUUCUUCUUUUUUUAGAGAUGAAACAUCAACUGUCCUUCAGAGGAAGAAGAGACGGAGAGACAUGGCUUCAGACGUGAUGUGCUUGUGUGUUGUUCUGCUCUUCUCUGGACUUCAGUUCACAACAGGCUGUGCAGUACAGUUAUCAUACAUCACGUGUUCUCCAGGAGAGUCUGUGCUGCUGCCCUGCAGGGAUAUAAACUCACAUCUCACUGAAGUCCAGUGGUGGAUUGGUGAUUCUCAGACCCUCACUCCUCAGUACUCAGUGUCUCCUCUGGACGCUAUUAAGGGUCAGCGAUACAAAGACAGAGUUCAGAUUCAGGGGAAUCUCUCGCUGUCCAUCACUCGACUCAAUGUAGACGACGCAGGAAUGUACUUGUGUAAAACAACAGGGACUGACAAAAUGAGCAAUGUUUAUCUAUAUGUUGAAGGUUGUUCUUUAUCAGGGAAUGAAGGAUCAGUGGAGAUCAGCAGAUAUUCAGGGGAAUCUGUGCUUCUGUCCUGUUUGGUCAAAUGUAGCGCCCGUCAUGAACCAGAUUCAGAGUUCAGAUGGAAAUUACCAAACUCCAGAGAAAUAAACCAGAACAUUAACUCUGCUGAACUCAGUCGACUCUAUCAGGGCAGAUUUCAGAUGUUUGAUAUAAAGUCAGGAAACCUCUCUCUGCUGAUCUCUAACCUGACUGAGGAAGAUGAAGGACUGUAUUCCUGCUGGAGUAAAGAGAAUCAACACAAGAGCUUCACACUCACUGUUAAAGGAUGCACACUGCCAGAGACUGAGCGGGAACCUAAAGCCAAGUACACGGGUGACUCUGUGCUUCUGUCCUGCUCAUGUAAAGACCCAAAGACCAAACCUAAGCACUUCAGAUGGACCUAUGUAGAGUCCAGUGGGACUGAAGUGUCCAGUCAAACUCUGCGGUAUAAAGACAGAGUCCACACGUUUCACAAGACGACUCCAUCAAAUCUGUCUCUGUUGAUCUCCAACCUGACCGAAGAUGACCAGGGCACUUACAGAUGCACAGUUAACAACAAAACAUCCGCUGACACCAGACUCAUCGUUAAAGGCUGUGUUUUAUCCAAACAUCACAUCACCAAGAGCUCCCAUCCAGGAGGAUCCGUGAUUCUUCCAUGUUCCUGUGAAGAUCCCAAAACCAGACCGGAGCACUUUGAAUGGAAGCGAGCAGCUGUGAAUGAGACGCUGGUUUCAGACGCUGAGGAGAUCAACGGACGAUUCCAGACCAUCAGAGAUUCUCCUCAUAAUCUCUCCUUACGCAUCUCAAACCUGACCGAGACUGACCGAGGACUGUAUGUGUGCUCAGUCAACGGCAAACAAUCCAGACACGUCAAUCUCACUCUUACAGAUUCUGCUGUUAUAAAUCCUCUUGAUUAUCUGUACUAUCUGAUAUUUCUGAUCUGUCUGAUGCUGCUGCUGGCGGCUGGAUGCAUCUACCGGAGAUUUAACCAAAGAGCUAAAGGAGGACGCAGAGAGAUCCAGAGAUCAAAUGAUGAGGAUGACGUGACUUACUCCAGCGUUACACAAAUUAAAGGGAAAAAAAGACCUUGCAAAAAGGAAGAAGAGGUUGUUUAUUCGACUAUGGCAGACAUGAGCAGAUCUACUCAGGAUGACACGUACACAACUGUAGUCUACACUUCAUCUUAGAGACAAAACAUCCUCGCAGAUGGACACAAACACUGAAGAGUGUGCAGAAAGAUAAAAACACACACAUUUUCAACACACACAGUGACCAGCAACGUUUUAUUUUCUGUGGCAAAAAAUAGUUUCUCUUAAACUUUCCCUUUGUCUGUACACAUUUUCUAUCAUUUUCACUCCCACUUACUCUAGCUGUAUAAUAAAUGAAUUAUAUUUUCUAAUUCUUAACCGUACUUGGUAAUUACUAAAUUGUGUCUUCAUGACCAUGUAAAAUUGCAUUGUGAAGACAUUUUAGUAAUGUUUAUUCAGUUAUAUAUUUGCAUGAAUAAGAUACUAUUAUAGUUUUUAUUGAUAUUUUGAAUGUUUGAAUUUUUAUAUGUUGUUUAUGGUUUUUAUUGUGGUUUUGCUAUUAUUGUUUUUAAUAGCAGAAUUUUUUUUAAAUAUUUAAAAGCAGUUUAUAAACACAGCUAUAAAUGCUUUAUUCUUCAUUAAUAAGCAUGUAUAUAACAAGCUUAAUACAUAGUUUCAUAAUUAAUGAUCAAUAUAUAAUUUCUAAAUUAAGCAUUAUAAUAUCUCUGUUGUCAGUGGUUCAAGAGCUCAUUUGGACAGUGUAAGUAAGUGAUUAAUAAACUAUUUGAAUGUACAUUUAUACAUCUUAUUAUUCAGGCAUAUAGUAACAAGUACUCAGUGUGUUAAUAAAGGCUUUAUUAACACUUAUUCCUACUCUAAUUCAUGAUUAAUUUAGGUAGCUAUAAAACAUUUACCAGUUUGUCAGUUAACUAUUUUUGUGAGCUCAUCUAAAGUGAGGACUAUUUAUGCCUCAUAAAACAGAUACAAGUUAGAUUUAAAGGCUCAGUUAUCUUCCGAACUGAAAUA